AUGUCGUACAAUCACUCACCAGUGUCACCACCAGCUGCACGACGUGAGUCCUACUUAUGGUCCGGAAAGAAAGGAUUCUACCUCGACGCUAAAGCGCUCAAACUUCUCUGCAUAAUCGAAUGCUACGAGCGCUGUCUCCACACUCGGAGGAAUCAACUCGACCUCAACACCCGUGACCUCGAGAAAAUAGAUUUCUACAGCUCGAAAGCCAAACUCAACUGGUUCGGGUCACUUCGUCGGCGAUUAAGCGAGCAGUUCGAUCGCGAGAAACAGCGCGAGCGCCAGAUUGACCAGUUACGCACCAAACUCCUGGAAGUCCAGAUUAUUUUGGAUAGCGAGUCGAUUGCCAGGAGUGAGGCGAGGCUAGCGAAGCUUCAGGCAAAGUUUGAACCGAUGAUCCAGUGGCAGAGUGUAGAGGCUGAGAAGGAAUACCAUAAAUGGCUCUGGGAGGAGAAGAAUCGAGAAGACACGAAGAAUGACUUGAAGAUUGAGCAGAAAAGGAAGGAUAGGGAACGGUGGGAGGGGAAGUGGCAGGAGUUUCUGUUGAGCAACGGAGCCAAGAAGGAGGUUUCUAGGGGACAUCCUAAACUGUGGGGUUCUUUUCUGCUGUGA